GCCCACAUGCCCAUUGAGUUUGUGUGCAAAAUCAAGUUUGCUGAGGGAGACGAGGCUUCACCCAAACGCAGCGCCCCUAGCACCAUGGACGAACCAGCAGAAGUCACCGACCUGGCUGCAUUCGCAAGCUCCUCUUCGCUGCAUGGCCUGGCGCAGGCACUGGGAUCGUCAGGGUCAGGACGAGCGAGCACCAGGCAGACUUUGUGGGCUCUGGCAUUGCUAGUAUCACUGGUCCUCUUCUUGUACCAGGCAUCACGGAGUGCCGGAGCCUACCUGGAGCAUCCGCAUGUGGCGGCACUGGGAGAGGAAAGCCGUCGAGAACUGACCUUCCCAGCCAUCACGUUAUGCAAUGUGAACCGAUUUCGAUUUUCUGCCCUGACUGAUGCUGAUAUUUAUCACCUGGCCAACCUGACAGGGCUGCCACCCAAGAGUCGUGGCGGGCAUCGACCGGGUGAGCUGCACUACCCACCUCCUAACAUGUUGGACAUCUUUCAGAGAACAGGUCACCAGCUUGAGGACAUGCUGAAGAGCUGCAACUUUAGCGGGCAAAACUGCACUGUGAAGGACUUUACCGUGGUAUACACACGAUAUGGGAAAUGCUACACCUUUAACGGGAACAAAACAUCACCAAAACGGACACGACAGGGUGGCAUGGGGAACGGCCUGGAGAUGAUGCUGGAUAUCCAGCAAGACGAAUACCUUCCAAUCUGGAGAGAAACAAAUGAGACAACUCUGGAGGCAGGGAUCCGUGUUCAGCUUCACAGUCAGGACGAGCCUCCCUACAUCCAUGAGCUGGGAUUUGGAGUGUCACCAGGCUUUCAGACCUUUGUGUCCUGCCAGGAACAGAAGUUGUCCUACCUGCCACAGCCAUGGGGAAACUGUCGUGCCUCAUCACAACCAGUCAUACCAGGAUAUGACACAUACAGCGUGAGCGCCUGCAGGCUGCACUGUGAAAGCAUCCAGCUGCAGAGAGAGUGCAACUGCAGAAUGAUCCAUAUGCCAGGAACCGCUGACAUCUGUCCACCUGCCAAAGUGAAAUGUGUCAACAGAGCACUUGCUUUGAUGGAGAUAAGCACAGAAGAUUCAUGUGUGUGUGAGACUCCUUGUAAUGUCACUCGCUAUGGCAAAGAACUUUCCAUGGUUAAAAUCCCCAGCAAAGGGUCAGCUCGCUACCUUUCCCGCAAGUACCACAAAUCUGAGGAGUAUAUCAGGGACAACUUCCUCGUCCUGGAUGUUUACUUUGAGGCUCUAAACUCUGAGACGAUUGAGCAGAAGAGAGCAUACGACAUAGCAGGACUGUUGGGGGACAUCGGAGGCCAGAUGGGUCUUUUCAUCGGAGCAAGUGUUCUCACAAUAUUAGAAAUACUGGAUUUCAUCUAUGAGGUAAUUAAAAGUCGGAUCAAAAGACUACUGAGACCGCAAAUGAAUCAGACCCAACAGAGUCAAAGGAAUCAUAUCCAGAGAACAAAGAGCCUCCGGGAUCAGAAACGUAGAGCCCAGCUAACACCCAGUACCAUCGCCACAGUCAGACUAGAGGAGGUCAAGGCCAAGGAGGUCAACGAUGGAGCAAGAGACUAUCCACACAGUGUAUAUCCCGCCUCAAUAUUACCAAAUCACCACACACAAGCUGCUGGGCAGCAGGACUUUGCUUGCUAG